GUCGCGCCGUGAGGAACCGACAUGACGGACAGCUUCCAGGAGUUCUACGAGUCGUUCAAGGACGCGCGCAACGACGCGAUGUCGGUAAUCCGGCGCGUGCCUGAUGUCACGAGCAGUGGGGAGAAAGAUGUCCUCGAGAACGACGCAAAGGCAAAGAUCGCCGAGGCCGAAAGGUACUUCCAUAUCCUCGAGCAAGAGAGACGUGGGGGCAACGCACAUGAAAAGCGCAAAAUGCAAGUACAGCUGCGGUCAUGCCAAUCCGACAUUGACAAACUCAAGAACAACUUGAACAAGGCUCUCUUGGUUGGCCAAGCGCAAUCGCGAGCUCCUACUGGUGCAACGACGAGCGAGGGGUACCAACAACGCUUGAACCGCACGGGCAACCACCUCGCGCAAGCGACCGCGACGAUCGUGGAAAUCGAACAAAUCGGUGCCAACGUUGGUCAGAACCUGGCACGAGAUCGUGAACGCCUAGAGGCAGCGCGCGCCAACGUCCAAGACGUCCGAGCCGACACGGAAGAGGCAAAGUUUCACUUGGGAAGCUUGGCGCGGAAGGCGCUGAGCAACAUUAUUCUGCUUUGGAUCAUCAUCUUGGGGUUGCUUGCUGGGAUUGCGUAUGCUCUGUACAAUCGAUUUAAGCCCAAAGACAAGUAACGGUCGAUUUACGUGCA